AUGCAGCACGGCAAGGUGAUAGCUUGUCAGGCUAAGAAACUCGAAAGUAAACUGAAAGUAAAAAUUCGAUGUAAAAGAAAUGAAUGGGAAUGUACUGAUGGGACCUGCAUUCACAUAUCAAAACGCUGUGAUAAAACAAAAAGUUGCCCCUUUGAUAUGUCAGAUGAAGAGAACUGUGAUCCAACAGCUACCUGCUCACCUACAGAUUUUCAGUGUGAUAAUGGACGCUGCUUGAGUUCUUCAGUUCGUUGUGAUCAUCUUUUUGAUUGUGCUGACAUGACAGAUGAAAUAGGCUGUAAGGGAACCUGCCUUCCAGGAAAUUUUCUUUGUAGUGAUGGUAAAUGUAUUCCUGAAUCUCAGCGCUGUGACAACCACAAAGACUGUUCAGAUGAUGAACUACAUUGCGUGGCAUGUCCACCUAAUGAAUUCCAAUGUGCAGACAGAACCUGCAUUCCUAUUCGCAUGCACUGUAAUGGAUACCAUGAAUGUCAAGAUAAAAGUGAUGAACUCAACUGUCCAUCAGAAAAAUGUACAAAACACCAAUUUCAGUGCUCUGACAAAACCUGCAUUCCUGAACAGAAACGUUGUGAUGGUCAUACUGACUGCAAAGAUGGAAGUGAUGAAGGAAACUGUAUAGCCAGGGAUUCAUUAACAGGUCUCUAUGAAAUAUAUUCUUGGCUUGUAUCUCGCAAGAAAGCAUAGCUUUUUCUAAUUGCAAUGUACAUAACAUUUUUGCAAAUGCAACUGAAAGCUUAAGUAGAAAAAAUAUUAUAAAACCUAGUCAAUUUUAUAAACAAUAUUAUUUCUUGAUAAGAAUAUUAAUCUCUCUCCACACAUUUUAACAACACGAAGUAAGAAAGUCAUUCUCAAUGUAUGCCAAUACUGCACAGAAUAUUUCUUCAAUUCAAACUCUAAACAAUAAUUCUAAAACAUCACUAUUUUACCAGACAAGCUACAGCCAUGAUUUGUAAUACAAGGAAAAUGCACUUAAUAAAAGAUUUCUUUGUUUUUUUAUUCAUGAAAAAGCUCCCAAGAGUCCUUUUAGACUUCAUAUAAAUAAUAUCAAAUAGAUUAACAAAGUAAAACAAGUUAGAAAUGUAAGUUCAGCAAUCAUGUAAAUAAAAGCAAAUCUUGAAAAUGUAUCAUUAUGCUAACUUCUCUGUAACCACAAAAAGAAGAGAAAAACGAG